GCGAUUGCUUAGAAAACUAUAUCGAAAUAUCGAAAGCAAACCAAAACAUAUACAUACAAAAAUUCAUUGAUUUUGUCAACGUAAAACACACAGUGCAGCAGGGCAGUUAAUUCUGAAUGCGGUUAAAUAGCACGGUCAACUGAAUUAGAAACGCUGGAGCGGCACAAGUGCGGCGGCAAUGCGAACGGACUGAAGAUAGAAGCCCCAAAGCGAAGGCUUUUACCUGGGCCGCUGUCCAAUCAGAACGCUGCUCCCAAUCAGAACUGGGCAGGGGGCGGGGGAGGCGAGAGCGAAAAAUCCGGAUACGGGGGGCAGUAGCAAAAGGCCAAAAAAGAAAAAACGAGCGACGAGUGUGGACUAGCCAGCGAUGAUGGGAAAAUGACCAGGGAUCUGGGAGUACGGAUCACGGACCACUAGCGGAUACGGCCGUAAAAUGCCCCGGAACACUUGCAGGCCAAGUGAAUGCGCUACUGCUAGCCAGGAUGAGCCGGAGGCGAGUGCGAAUAACAACAAUAACCACAGCAACAACAACAACAAUAACGAGGGCAUCAUCAAGCAGGAACUGGAGGCCGCUCCGCCGGUUUGCCACCGAAAAUCGGAGCGCCGGAGAGUGGCCCGUGAUAUAUUCCUGGUCUUCGAGGAGCAGACCACCCGGCGACGAGGGAAGGGAGCACGGGGCAAGGCCACAAGGGCCAAGCAAAAGUUCGGACACCUGAAGGUGGCCAAUACGCCGCGCAUCAAUAAGAAUGUGCUGCGCGACAUUAAAACGGAACCAAAGUGCAGCUCGGAAGCCGUUGUGGCAGCUGCUGCCCCUGCUAUCAUACCCAUUCCCGCACUGAAUCCCCCAAUUCCUCCGCAAAUAGCCACGCUCAAUCCUCCGCUGCCGGAGGAGCCGACGUUAGCCAAAUCCUUGCCGCGAACGGCGGCCGUUAAAUUGGAAACCAAAACACACGUCACAUCCACAGCCACUGCAUCCAAUGUGGCGGCGCCCAAGCGGAUUAGUCCCAAGCCCAAGGCUCCAUCUGUUCAGGAGAAGGAAACGGAGGUGGUGUCAGCAGUCACUCCUGCUUCACUACCAAUACCCAAGCCCGCUGCCGCACCCGCCACUUCGCCCACGACGCCCAGCGUCAAUCCCAUCUUCCUGUGGGUCAAACAGGACGAUACCCGAAUCGUGGAGGUGCGCUGCGAGGACUACGACAAGCGGAAUAGAAUUCGUCUGACCAAGACGACCAAUGGCUGGCGCUCUAUGCCGCGCACAGAUGCUUCCUCAACUAGGAUAGUCAAAUUCUUCCACGGCUCCGCCGCCCCACUGAUGAAGGUCAAGCGCGAGCAGCAUCUGCAGCGUUUGGAGGAGGAGGAGCAACAGCACCAGGAGCAGGAGUUGGAACAGGCGGAGGAUCACGAGCGAGAGCAGGAGCAGCCGGAGCAGCAGUUGCCCUCUAUCGGGCAGACUUUGUUGCAGGAUUGGGAUGAUAGUGCCACGCAACUGCCGGACGAGAUCGAAGAGGAGGAGGAGGAGGAGGAGGAAGAGGGACAGGAAAGUGAUGCUGCGCAGCAGCAGAACGGCCACUUAGCCACUGUACUCGAAGAUGUUGUGGUGAUGCCACCUGCCCAGGAGCCGGAGAUGGCGCCCACGCCCUGCUUCGAUGGGCUGCUGGACAGUGAGGAGACGAAUGCCUCCACCAAGGCCACCAAGACCAAUACGCCCACAUAUCAGAGCUCCACGCCCUCGCCGCUGCAAAUGCAGCUGUGUCCCAAGACGGGUCUGUUUCUGCCGAAAGGAGAUCUUGCCCUGGUUCAACUGCCUGAGGAGGAUGUCCUGCCCGAGGAGGCGGAGGACAAGCCACUUGGUGGAAACGAUGCCGUGGAGUGUUUCGAUGCGAAUACUAAGAAUCUUAAGGAUCUGCUGGACGAUGCCGAUGAUCUGCUACAGAAUUGCAGCAGUGAAAACGGCAGCAGUGGAGCGGAUCUGCUCGACUCGCUGGUCAAGCGAAGUUGCGAGGACAAUCUCGUCCAGGAGACACGCCCUGGCAACGGAACCAAUCCGCCGAACUCCUCAUCCUCCGGCGACGGACUGAGCUCGUUUUGUGUGCCCGAUCUCGACAAGGACCUGCCCAGCAUACUCAACAUGGACAACGACGAUGCGCCCAAGUGUCUGUCCUUCAACGAGGCGGGUGAGAUCGAGGGCCUGAACGGAGAGCUCUUCCUGGGCAUCGAGGCGUUCGAGAAGCAGCAUGAAGCUGUGGCCACCGAGCCGGAACCACAACCGCCCACUCCGGCCACAGUGGAAAUGACCCAAACGCCUACGCCCACACCGACGCCUGAAAAGGAAAUGGAAAAAUCCGUCGUAGUCGAGGAGACGCCUAAGGAUUUGAGCUACAAGAAACGCGAGGAGGUGUGUCCACCAUCAGAAUCGCGUAGUCAGUGUGCGGUGACCUCAAGUUCGGAUAUACUCAAGUCACCGGAGCGGGAACUCCAGCUGCCGGCCAACUCCAUACCUGCUGAGGUGGAGACGACGUCGGAAACCAUUAAAAAUCUCAUUCUGGAGCAGUUCCUCAAGCUUAACAACAAUCCCCAACAGGCGGAGCCAAUGGAUCUGGGCAAAGCUGGCCGCGAUGGCAAACUCGAAACGGUCGUUAUCGACGACGAGGAGGAGGAGGAUUCCAGCCAGCCGCUGAAGAAGCGACCCAAGGCCAGCAUUAAGAUGGACAAGGAUCCGGAUCCACUUACCCAACUGAAAAUGCUGAUCAGCAAUCCGCAGUGGAAGGUCCCAGACCCGAUACUCGUGCCAAAGGAUCGCCUCGGAGCGGUUUUGGCCUCACCGGCCCGAGAGAUUCCAUUGCUGUUGACCACCAGGCCGGAAUUGCGUCUUCCCGAGGCCUUUGCCUAUCCGGAGAUCAUCCAGAAUCCGAACAUUCUGGUAGUGACCAUGGAGCAGUUGGAGGCUAUCCUCAAAACGGAGUCGGAGCAGGCGGCCAAGGUGACAAAAGACCCGGAUCCAGUGAUCGUGGUGCCAAGCAAAGCGAGAAGUCCCAGUCCCAAGCAGAUACAACCCAAACCUGUGCCUGUCCAACCCAAACCGCCUCCAGUUGCCCCGGUGGCUCCAACACCACCAUCUCCAGCGGAUUCCAGUCUCUCGACGGAUCUGAAUGCCACCACACUGGCGCUACUCCAACAGAUGCUGUGGCUACCCUAUUUUGGCCAGUUGUCGCAGGAGUUCUUUAAAACGAUCAAAGAUCCGCUGGGACUACAAAGAAAGUUUAUGAGCAAUCUCCUGCCGCUGUACAACAACCAAUUUGGAUUGCAGCAUCUGGACGAGCUGUACAAGCAUUGUAUGAAACAAAAGUCGACGGAAGAGCAGCCACAGCCCAAGGUUACCACCCCCGUGCCGCCUCCUGCAGCAGCUCCGCCUCCACCUCUUCCUCAAAGUACAGCCAGCGGACCAAAUUCCUUUAAUGGCUUCACCAAUCCCGUAGAGCUGGCUCUCAUGCAAAAGCUGCUGCAGCCGCAAUUGCCGCAGUUCCUCAACUGGGAGGCGGCCAAGGAGGCAUCAUCCACAUCAGCUGCUGCAGCCACCUCAAAUCAUCAUCAUCAGGAGCACAAGCGACCCAGAAGGGAAACAGAAGCGGAGUCCAUUAGCAAUUUCACCAAAUCCAAGCCUUCAUCCGGUGCUCCAGGUACAACUCCUUGUCCGCCAGCACCCGCCGCUGCGCCUGCACCGUUAGCCACCGCUGCGCCUCCGGCACCAGCUCAGGCGGAGCACAAACCCAGACUGACCAUAAAAUCCCUCUCGAAUCUGCUGGAACCGGAGGCGAACGUGGUUCCACUACUCAAUGUGCCCUUCGACGGAAUGCGAGGGCGUCCCUCCAUGCACAAGGCCGUUCCAGAUCAGGCCAAGGGUGACGCAGGUACGGGACGCACACUACGCUCCAGUAAAGCCUGCGUCACCUACAAUCCCCUCGAGCAGGCCAAGCAGCAGAUGCACCCAGCCGCCGCCGCACAGCAGCAGCGCAAGCGGGGCAAUAUGCUCGCGCAGGACGUCCAGCAGCAACAGCACCAGCAAAAUCUCGCAGAUGCGGCGGCAGCAGCCGGCAUGGAUGCGAACUCGGCACUGUGGCAUCCUCUCUUCGGAAGCAAUCCCAAACAGGGCUACAAUAGCCCGUGGCAGUGGACCACGGUGACGGCGUCAGGUGAAUGACAGUCAAGCCGGGCUCAAAAGGAGCCAGCACCUGGAUCGGGAGCAAGGACGGCCAGCUACGAGGAGCAGCAGCAGCAGCAAGACUACAGCAACUAUCACGGCUCGGCCAAGCAACAGCAGCAGCAGCAACAGCAGCAACCACAUCUUCCAGCAGCCAACAAUCAAAACCACAGCAACAAUAGUAGCAAUAAAUUUUGUUAUCCAACGGCGGCGGCCAUGGAGAAUAUGUUCCAGAACAAUCAGAUGGCAGCCGCUGCCGCCGCACGCGAAUCCCUGCUGAAUUCCUAUCUCUAUCAAAAGGAUAGCGAUGCCGGCAAUUAUAUGACGGAGCAGAGCUACUGGCAGCAGCACCAGCAACAUCACCACCAACAGCAGCAGCAGCAGCAUCAACAGCAACAGCAGCAGCAACAGCAUCAGCAGCAGCAGCAGCAGCAACAUCAACAGCAGCAACAUCAACAGCAGCAACACCAACAGCAGCAACAGCAACAGAAGCAGCUCCAGCAGCAGCAGCAGCAUCAAUGGAGCGGCAACAACGGCAGCAGCAACCAAAGGAGCAACAACUAUGCCAACAACUAUGCGGCGGCAGCCGCUGCCUCCAUGUACAUGCAACACUUCAAUCCCUACAUGCAGCAAAAGGCGGCGCUGCUGGCGGAGAAGGCCGCCCAAGCGGCGGCGGCGGCGGCAGCGGUCCAGAGCAGCAACGGUAGCAAUAAGCACGGACGCUUCGGCGGAGACUAUGGCUAGGAGUCGUCCGGUGGGUUCACGGUUCAGCUAACCGGGAGCGCUAAACACUUUAGCGCAUUAACAUAAACAUAUAGGCAUAUGUAACACUUGCGUGUAAUAAUAACUAUAUAUUUAGAGGCAUCAUAUAGGCCGUUUUACCGCCAGGAAUUGGUAAAGGAUAAACCAUGAUUUUCCUUUAGUUUAAUACACAGGAACAGCAACAACAAGGUAACCGGAACGCAAACAACAAUAAUUUAUAAACAACAAACAAGGAGGUAAACACAAGCGGAGAGCAGAAAACAUAAAAAACUUAAAUUGAAUUAGUAAAAAUUUGUUAUUGGUAGUUUGUUAACAAAAAAGAAAAACACAAAAAAUAUGAAAAGAAAACAAAAAAGCAAAAACAAAAAAAACACGACAA